AAAGACACAGAAGUGACAACGGUGACAACAGUGACAAGGUUGACACCAAUAACAACAUUGACAACGGUGACAACGGUGACAACAGUGACAACAAUGACAACAGUGACAACAGUGACAACAGCGAAAACGGAGACAACGGAGACACUGGUACCAACAGUGCCAACACUCACAACCGUGACAACAGUGACAAUGGUGACAAUGGUGACAACGGUCACAACAGUGAGAACAGUCACAACAGUGACAACGGUGACAAUGGUGACAACAGUGACAACAUUGACAACAACGACAACAGUAACAACGGUGACAACUGUGACAACAGUGACAUUGGUGACAACAGUGACAACGGUGACAAUGGUGACAACAGUGACAACGGUGACAACAGUGCCAACAGUGACAACAAGGACAACAGUGACAACGGUGACAACUAUGACAACAGUGAGAUUGGUGAGAACAGUGACAACGGUGACAAGAGUGACAACAGUGACAACAGUGACAAUGGUAAAAACAGUGACAACGGUGACAACGGUGACAACAGUGAAGACAGUGAAAAGAAGACAACUGUGACAACUGUGACAACAGUGAUAACGGUGACA